AGUGGAGGCAGGAGGGCGAGUGAGUGGAGUGAGUGGAGUGAGUGAGUGGGGGGAGCCCUUGGUGCAGAGCGACCUGCGGGCGCCCGGAGCGGGUGGCUCUGGGCGCCUUCAUCUCCACCUGCCAGGUCUUCAGCAUGUGGUGACCCUCUUCUGGCCCAACAGCCAUGGACCCCAGCAGCCUCUCUCCAGUGCAGCUUUGGUGCCCGAGGCCCUUUGGUACCUAUUCUCAGAAUCAGCCCCGCUCAGCCGCCCCCUCAGCCCGCAAGCCCCCACCUCCCCCUGCCUGUCCGGAGCCUGGGAGUGGUAGCAGCAUCGGCUCUGGCGAUGGGCUUGCCCGAUCAGAGAACACGCCUCCUGCUCCAGCAGCCCCCGCAGCUCCUCUGCUUUCCACAGCCCCAGGUGAGGAGGGCCGGGUCCUGCUGGAUACCUGGUAUGUCAUCAAGCCAGGCAACACCAAGGAGAAGGUGGCUUUUUUUGUGGCCCACCAGUGCGGUGGUGGUGCCAGCCGGGCCAGUGCCGGGAAGGUCAAGGGGCACUGGGGCAGUGACAGUUCCAAGGCCAAGCGGAGGCGCCGCUGCCUUGACUCCACCAAGCCCCGCCCCAGCCCUGGGAAGCCACCUGAUGUCGGGGGAGAAGAGGACCAGCAGCUGCCUGCUCCUGCCGAGACUGCUGCCGGUGCCCCCGAGGACGUGGACCUGCUCUCUGUGGCCGAGAUGGUGGCCCUGGUGGAGCAGAGGGCUGCCCUGGCCCUUCAGAGCUACCCCCGCUCGGGGGCCCCGACCCCUGUUGUGUUUGUGUCAGCCGCCGAGCAGGCGGCCCAGGGUUCCGGUGGGGAGCGGCGGCCCGGCAGCGACUGCAGCCGCGUGGCCGAGGCCGUGGCCCACUUUGAGGCCCGGCGAGAUGGGCCGCGCAAGGAGGAGGUGCGUGCGGGGGACACGGGACGCAGUGGAGGGUCUGGCGAGGUGCGCAUUGCCUUUCGAAUCUCCAGCGGGCGUGAGCCCCGCUCCCCCGAAGGCGGCCAGCCAGGGGCCGGCUGCAGCAACCGGCCGGGGUGCACCUACGCCGGAGGGCCGGGCCCCAGCAGCCGGGCCCAGGACAAGAUCACCUGUGACUUGUACCAGCUCAUUAGCCCGUCCCGGGACGCCCUGCCCAGCAACGUGGACUUCCUGCUUGCCCGGGCAGACGAGGCUGGCGAUGGGGAGGCCGCAGGAGCCACCCGCCCCGAGGGGCCUCCCGAAAGAGCUACUGGGGAUAAGCCGCCAGCCCCGCCCCCGCCCCCAGCGGGGAACCGAGAGUGCGGGGGAGCAGGCGCUGCCGGCUUUCACGUGGACGUGGUCGUUACUGGCGUGGUGGACGAGUGCGUCUUCUUUGGUAAGGACGGUGCAAAGACUGUGAAAGAGGAGACGGUUUGCCUGACGGUCAGCCCUGAGGAGCCGCCGCCCCCAGGGCAGCUCUUCCUGCUGCCAGCCAGAGGGGAGCCUUCUCCCGAGGCUCCCACCACCCCCGAAGCCCCAGCUGCCCCCACUCCCGAGGGCAGCGAGCCUGAGGCAGCCAGUGCUGCCUCUGAUGCUUCCCUGUGCCGUCUCUACCACCACGUCUCCCAUGACUUCUUGGAGAUCCGCUUCAAGAUCCAGCGCCUGCUGGAGCCUCGCCAGUACAUGCUGCUGCUGCCUGACCACGUCCUGGUGAAGAUAUUCGGCUACCUGCCCACCCGCGCCCUGGCUGCCCUCAAGUGCACCUGCCACUACUUCAAAUGCGUCAUCGAGACCUUCGGUGUCCAGGCCACAGACUCCCGCUGGAGCCGCCACCCGCUGUACCGCGACGACCCGUGCAAGCAGUGCCGCAAGUGCUACGAGAAGGGGGACGUGUCGCUGUGCCGCUGGCACCCCAAGCCCUACCACCACGACCUGCCCUAUGGCCGCUCCUACUGGAUGUGCUGCCGCCGGCCGGACAAGGACACGCCGGGCUGCAGGCUGGGCCUGCACGAUAACAACUGGGUGCUUCCGUGCCACACGCUGGCGGGCUCACGGCCUGGCCGUGAGGAUGCCAGGUGAAGGGGGGGGAGGGGGAGGGAGUGCCCACCCCCCCCCUCCCAGCCCCUCCCCACUUUGCUUCUCGGCUUGCCCUUCCUGGGAAUAAAACAAACCGAUUGGUAGCCAAUCAAACAGGGAAUUGAAGAGCCUACCUGAGACACCCCCCCUUUGAUUGGCUCUUUGUCACUUAAGCCCCACCUCCAUAAACAUACAGACUUUCUCCUCUCCCUAAGGUGUUUUUGGGCCUGGGGCUGGAGAAGGGCAUCUCAGAAUAGUGUGUUGUCUUCAUCUCAGCCCCCUCUACCCUCUCCUUCUCUGAUCUGGCCUCAGCAGAUGGGGAUGAUGCUGGGGUGUGAGCCCGGGGACCUGUCCCCUUUCAUUCUCUCCCCGCAAGGGCCCUACCAGCAGAGAGUAGACAGGCCUUGUCUAUACCCCAGCAUCCCCAUCUGUCCCAUCUCCAAUCCUCACCGUCAUUUCUCCAGGCCUUUUGAUCUCGAUUCUCCUGUCCCCCCUCGCCUAGAUUGCUUGUUACCUUCACGGACCCUCAUGUUCACUCUCCUAGGCAAUCCAGACCUUUAGUUCCUUCUCUCUCCCCACCCCCCCUUAAUGUUUCUCUCCAGUCUCUGGAAGAAACAUUAACAGCAUCUUCUCCCAAAUCUGUCUCAUCCAUAAUCUUUCCCCUGCCUCUUCUUGGGGUAGGGACAAAGGAAAACAUUUCUUUUUGAAAAAUUUGAAUCCAUUUACUCCUCACCCCACAAUUUAAAGCAACCCCCAAUCCCAAAGCUGUGAAUCCUUUCUGAGAAUGGUGGGAACCUGGGUUGGAAUUUCUGGGUUUCCCACUUCAACUCAGAGCAAACUCUGGGGGGCUCUGGGCCUCUCUUAGCCAGGCUGGGCUUGCUUCCACUUGGCUCCCAGAAAAAAGGCAGACUCCUGGGUUUCUUGGGGAAGCUGGGAAUCCAAUCUGGGACAGUCUAAUUUUUUUUGUUUAUUUGUUUCGUGGUGGUUUUUUUUUUUGUUUGUUUGUUUUUACAUCUUUGUGGUUCUGAAUGCUUCUCAUGUGUGGCAGUCUGGCCGGUUUGGGAAUCGGUCCUUUCUAUAAAGCAACUAUUUAUAUGCCUGG